AUGAUUCUCCAGCAUGGACGCGUGCCAUUUGGCCGAACUACCCUCCUCGCGUACAACGUCUCCACCUUAUACGCCUACAGUCUUACGCAGAAGGUGGAAGAUGACGACGACGACGAAGGUGGUACGAACCCGCUAAUCUGGGAAAUUGCCACACAUAGAGCCAUUGCUGUCAUGGCUGGUAUUCUGUGGGGGUUGUUUGUCUGCCGUGUGGUAUGGCCGAUCUCAGCUCGUAAGAAGUUCAAGGAGGGCAUCUCUGUCCUCUAUCUGCAGAUGGGUCUGAUUUGGAAGAGAGGUCCGUUGGCGAUUCUCCUUCGAAGUGACUGCACCAGGUCAUAUCUCAAGUCGGGCGAACAAGCGGCCCUGCAGCGAUAUGCCUCUCGGCUGGAAACUCUUCGUGACUCAGCUAUCCACGAGUUCGAGCUGCGAGGGCCGUUCCCUUAUGAUGCUACCGGCCGAGUCAUGGCCUGCACGCGCCGUCUUCUAGAUGCGUUUUAUGCCAUGAGUCUAGUCACGCAACGGAGGGGCCAUCUAACAGAUGGCGAGAGAGCCCUUCUCCUUUUCACGGCGCAGGAGCGUGCUCUUCUGUGUGACCGCAUCUGCCAUGUGUUCCAAGCUUUAGCUUCUUCAAUUAUGCUCGAGUAUCCUCUUUCAGACGCGAUCCCGAGUGUCAGUGGAACGCGGGAUAAACUCCUGGGCAAGAUCUUCCAGUUUAGGAAGGAUCAUGCUGCGGCACUCGCAGCUAAAGAAGCCGAUAAGAACGGCGAGGCGACCGGUAAGAGUAACGGAAGAGGGUAUAAGAGCGGCAGCCUUGCCGGCCAAGUGGUAGUUGAGGAGCGAGACUAUGCUUUGCUAUAUGCGUAUGCCUUGGUCACUGGCCAAGUUGCGGAAGAGCUGAAGGUUGUGGAGAAGGAGAUUGAGGGCUUGUUCGGCGUUCUCGAUGAGGAGUCUCUGUUGUUGCAAUAA